AUGUGUUGCAAGUGCUUGGAACGCAUAAAAGAAUUUAUUUGCCUAAUCAGUUAGCAAUACACUUGUUUAUUAAAUGGAACUGCAAAUGAGCAUAAUUGAUAGACUAAAAUUGGUCUCAAAAUUUGUUGGUCACAAAUUCGUGCAGUACCGUCUGAGCACAGGACGAACCACACUUUUGGAUGCUUCCUGUGGUAAUGUCAAGGGCGUAGAACGCAAGACAAUUUACGAUGCAGAAUCGUACUAUUCUUUUGAGGGCAUACCCUAUGCAAAGCCACCGCUGGGCGAAUUGCGUUUUCGAGCUCCAGUGCCCGCGGAGCCUUGGGAAGGUGUGAGGGACUGCACUUUUGCACAAUCGCAACCGCUUCAAAUGGAUUUCGUUCGUAAUUCUGUAACGGGUUCCGAGGACUGUUUGUACAUAAAUGUUUAUGCAAAAAAAUUGAAAUCACCGAGUCCACUACCUGUCAUAGUUUGGAUUUAUGGCGGAGGCUUUCAAAUUGGUGGCGCUACACGUGAUGUCUAUGGACCGGAUUACUUUAUGAAACAAGAUGUGCUGCUGGUUACUUUUAACUACCGUUUGGGCGCUCUGGGCUUUUUAAGUCUGAAGCAACCCGAUUUGAAAGUACCCGGCAAUGCGGGUCUAAAAGACCAGGUAUUGGCGCUACGUUGGGUGCGAGACCAUAUCGCCAGUUUUAAUGGUGAUCCGCAGAAUGUAACAUUAAUGGGAGAGAGUGCUGGAGCGGCUUGCACACACAUUUUAAUGAAUACAGAACAGACGCGUGGUCUAUUCCAUCGCGUUAUAAUGCAGUCUGGCAAUGCGCUGACCGAAUGGGCUGUACGUCCAGAUCGUCAUUUUGCCAGACGCUUGGCGCAGAGAUUGGGUUACAAGGGCAGUGGAAGCAAUGAGACGGAAAUGCUGCAGUUUCUGCAAGAGACGCCUGGCAAUCAAUUCGCACAGCUAGGAAACACUAUAUUGACCCAAGAAGAGAAGCGAAGCUAUGAGAUUAUUGCCUUUGGUCCCGUUGUGGAGCCGUUUGUCAGUGACGAUUGUGUCAUAGGUCGCCCUCAGCUGGAUCAGCUGGCCAAUGCUUGGGGCAACGAUCUACCACUUAUAAUUGGCGGCACCUCCUUCGAAGGACUCUUCAGUUACCAAACAACGCUGCAGGACUCGCAGCAUAUGCUUAGCGCUUUCGAACCGCUAAUACCGCGUCCUGUGCGCGAAACCAUCGAUGCCAAUGAGCUUGCCGAGCAGCUGCGUCGCCUUAAGCUGGCUUACUUCGAGGACGCAGAACGUUCCAGCAUGGAGUUGUACGAGUGCCUGAAGCUGCUCAGUGUCAAAAACUUUUGGCAUGGAAUUCAUCGCACAUUGCUGGCUCGUUCCAUUUAUGCGCCCAGCACUCCCACCUAUAUCUACCGCUUCGACAUGGAUUCGCCGCAUUUCAAUCAUUAUCGUAUUCUGAAAUGUGGUCCACAAGUGCGUGGCGUAUGCCAUGCGGAUGAUCUUUCCUACAUGUUCUAUACAGUACUAUCCAAGAAAUUGGACAAGUCUACAGCGGAGUAUCGCACUAUUGAUCGCCUCAUAGGCAUGUGGAGCUCGUUUGCAAGCACAGGCAAUCCCAACUGCAAACUAAUUGAGCCAUGCCAUUGGGAUGCAGUGCGACCCGGAGGCUCUGAGCUCUGUCUUAAUAUUGCAGAGGAGUUGAAAUUUAUGCCACUGCCCGAAAGCAAAGAGUUUGUCGUUUGGGAUAGUUUCUACACAAGAGAAACUUUAUACUAAAAUGAGACAAAAACUAUUUUACCCAACCAAUUGUCAUUUUAAAAUUUAUUGAAAUAAAAACUAAGCCAAAUACAUAGAUCAAAAUAGAUGAGACAAGCAAAAGCUCAAAAUGGAUCAGACAAACAUGACAUUAUUCAUAUUUAUCAUAAUACAAGCUGAUAAGGAUAAAUCAAUAAUACUGCUAUCUAAUCGAACAUGCAAAGUGAGAUUAAUAUGCUGAGCAGUAUUAGUCAUGGAAUAUCGAAUAAUGCAUACCAGAUAGAAAGAUUCAAAAUGUUUAAGCAAAUGUAAUGUAAUUUAAAAUUGCUGUAAUUGUAUGCGGAAUUAUCAGAACGUUUUUAAAAGACAGGCGCAAUUAAUUAUUUGCAAUAUAUCCUCGUCGUUUCGUACUGCAUUU